GCCUAAGGGCGCAAUUAUUUGGCUCGAGUCACGUGACUUGCGGGGAGCCAAUCGUCGUACAUUCCGCUAUUUCUGCUCGUCUGCUGAGUCUGUCAAUAUUCGCGGCUGCGCGGGAAUCACCUGCUCUCGCGUUGUGCGUGACUUCGCGCUUGUCGCGAAUGGCCUACGCUACGUUGGACCUUGCUCUCGCGCGUAGCGUAUUUUGCUCCUCGUCUCUCGUCACCAAAAUAUAGACAGCGACACCACGGGAUUUUUCGUUCCAUUUGCCGCAUACCCAGAACAGAAACAUGCAUAUCGAUUAGCUGAUGUUUCUCUUUUUGCGGUGAUAUCUAUGUAAUAAUUAAGUGCGACGAGUGUCCCAUUCAUGAUUUUGAACAUAUGUUCCAAUCGGUUGGCGAGAACUUGGACCGACGACUGUCGGGAGAGAAGAGAGCGCUGAUAAUUUAUCGCUUACUCCUCUAUCUGCAAAACAUUUUCCGGUCUCAUAAAUUGUACGCUCCGAGCGCGUGUUUUUUUAUGUGCAUAUCAAAAAGUUGAUUUUGUGUAACAUGCAUAUUCUUUCCUGAUAUUAAUGGAAACAAUACCAUAUAAGUUCACUGCACAAGAAGAGCAGUUUUAUAACACCAACGAUAUAUUAAAAAGAUGAUAAUACUUUUCACAUAGUAAGAAAAAUGAUUAAUGAAGAAAAUAUUGCCUCGACAUCUCUAUCAUCGAGCAUAAAUCAAUAUGCCGAGACGGGGGAUGAACCAAUUGAUAACUUGUAUCUUGCGUUGAUACAGUGCUUUGGUAUUAUAUUAUGUGGAUAUACAGCAGGAAGGUUUGGCGUGAUAACAAAGACGGAAACAAAAGGCCUGAAUACCUUUGUUGGCACUUUUGCCUUGCCAUCCUUAAUCUUUAUGUCUCUGGCGAAGCUUGACUUUACGCUGGUUAAUUGGAAAUUUCUCCUUGCUAUAUUGCUCGCCAAGAGCUGCGUUUUUGUUAGUGUGCUUGUGGUGUCAUUAGUAAUUAAAAAACCAUCGAAUCCUGGACGCGCGGCGCUCUUUGCAAUAUUCACUACUCAGAGCAAUGACUUUGCUAUUGGAUAUCCAAUGAUUCAUGCUCUCUAUGGAAAAACACACCCAGAGUUUACCGCUUAUUUAUACCUUAUGGCUCCUAUAUCAUUGGCGAUUUUAAAUCCAAUUGGUUUUAUAUUAUUAGAGAUAGGCAAGCGACGUGUGGAAGAGCACACAAAUCUCAGAGACAUGGUUUAUUCUGUCGUGAAGGGCGUCGUGCUGAAUCCCAUACUUUUCAUGACUGUCUUGGGCAUUGUAGGAAAUUUUAUCUUUAGUCAUAGUGUACCACAUUUUCUCGCCGCGAUACUCGAGGUGCUAGGUAACGCUUUCUCCGCUAGCGCGUUGUUCCUCCUUGGUUUAAUGAUGGUAGGAAAAAUACACAAAUUGAAAGGUUCAGCGUUAGUGAUACCAGGCAUACUGAUCUCGGUGAAAUUGCUAGUCUUGCCUCUAGUCAUAAGAGAGUCCAUUAUUCUCUUGAAUGCCGGGAAUAAUGUCACGGAAACAAGAGAUUUAAGUACAUAUGGCUUCUUGUAUGGUACCAUCCCAACGGCACCGACUCUGUUUAUCUUCACCUUGCGAUAUAAUGUCGAGAUCGAUUUAAUUGCGUCAGCUAUGGUAGCCUGUACGUUUCUAUCUGCUCCGCUUAUGUUUGUAUCGGCUAAAAUGAUCAAUGCAGUUUCUGCUGGAACGACACCGGCUAGUUAUGCACAGCAGCUUAAUAUUUUUUCCUUUGAUAUAAGCGUCAUAUCAGCAGCAGUUUGCGUAUGGUUGUUGAUAUGCUUCCUCGGAUUUGGACGGAAAAGAUAUAAUCAAAUCACUCAUCGAUAUACUCUGUGCCUUGUGAUUGCACAGCUUGCAGUAGCAAUAGGUGUGAUAAUUUGGUCAAAACUUGACGCAAAUAAUCAGACAAUAUUAUGGUAUGUCCAGUUUAUUCUAAUAACUAUUGGUGUAUAUGCCAGUAGGAUAUGGACAGCUGCAAUAGCAGCAACAUUAUUAUUUCUGAGUUCACGCUCAUUAUCUUUUGUUGAAAAUCUGCAAAAAUGGUUUUAUCCUCUUGGAUGGGGAAUACCUAUUUUAAUCGUGACAUUAACAUGUGCCACUGUUAGACUAAAUCCAUCUGAUCUUGAUUUAAAAAAUCCGAAUUUUCAAUUAGGCAGAACUCAAGCUGCUGUAUCUUCAUUUGUAUUAAUAUUCUGUUUUAUUGUAACAUUAGGUUGCUUGGUCUUACAACAGCGAUAUCAGAGAAGGCACAAUGUGAUGUCAUACGAGCAUCUGAGAAAUAAUGCAGAAAAUGCUGCCACCGAAAAUAAUGAAAGAACUAUAGUAGAUGUAGAAGACUUAGUUUCUCCAUUAAUUAAUAAUUCAACACCUGUAAUUGGUUGUGACUUUCAAAAUGGUUGUCCAAAUGGAGCAUGCAUAGUUGGUGAAGAUAGAAAUGGUUGUGGAGAUGAAAAUGGUUGUGGAGAAGAGAGAACAAACUUAAAUAACGAUCCUCAAAUUUUACGACAUCUCGUUUUUCUUAUUUUGCUGUUAUGUUCCAUGUUUAUUGGCUUAUCGAUAUCUGUGGGAACAUUGAUAAUGGAACAAUUAACUGGCAUUUAUGCUGAGCUUGCAUUCUUAGAUGUAAUUUUGAAUUUUGGGCAAUCGUUAAUAUCAUUCGCCAUUUUUGGACUAGAUCCUAGUUUUGGGAAACUAGGAUGCUGGCUGCGAAAGAUGUGCAGAAAAUGGCGUUCUGGAAAAGAAUUGCAACUUCCCUGCGAGGAAGCUCUUACUCCAGAAGCAAGACAGAUUCGAGAACAAUUUAAUCGUUGUCACUUAGGCGCAUGUCGAGCACGCAUAUCCAUGUGCCGUAGGCGUUUAUUGAAGGUUUAUAAGGGUGUCUUUUUGGGAACGGAUCUGGUCAACUGGUUACUCGAAGUUGGCAUUGUUAAUAACCGGGAGGAUGCUGUACAAUAUGGUCGCUGCUUGUUGGAUAGCAGAGUUCUGCAGCAUGUUGAUGGUACACAACAUUUCCAUGACCAAAAUCUUUUGUAUACGUUUAACGCUUAAUUUAUUUUCUGAACAUUUUGGUAAAACUUUUUAUAGUACAUUGAAUCUCCGCUUUUCUUAUGCAUGUAAUCUCUAUUUCUAGUUUUCAAAAGUAUAGAUUUUUAUGUAUGUAUAUUUUAUUAUGCAUCAAAUGGAAAUUUAUGCAAUCCAGUCCAUGUGUGACUUCUUUUUUCUUAUUGGAUUUGAUAAGACAAAUUGCGUAACUUUUGUUUAUGAAAUGUUCAUAACUUCAUUGACGCAUUCAUUUUAUGUUUGUCAAAUGGCAAGUGUGAAUGGCAAGAGAAAAAUACAAAAAAAAUUAGAUUUAUAAAUACUGAAUUAAUCAAAAAUAUGGAGAUUUGACUAUAUGUACAUUCAAAAUAAUUUAUAAAAAGUAUGCACACAACAAAUUGAUCAAAUAACUAAUUGUUAUUUGAAUAAUUUUAUAUUAGUAUAGUUAUAUUUAUAUAUGAUCCAAUUUAUAAAGCAUAUUCUUCAGAUUAUAUAUUUUUCAUGGGAAAUAUCAUUUAUCAGUGAAAAAUUUUUUAAAUAUUUACAUUAAUAAAAUACGAUGUAAUUUACAUUGCACACGCACAGUGCAGUAACAUAUUCUUAUUAUUUUUAUGAACAUCAGUAUUACAUAUAUUACUUAAUCAUUUUACUGUGACUCUGUAUAAAAUAGAUAAAGGCUGUGUUUAGUAUAUGACAUACUGCACUCCUAAAUACAUAGUUUCACUACUAAAGAAUUGUUUUAACAGUUAAAACAACAGUUAAAAUUUAACUAAAACUUUUUAAUAAAGGAUAUCUUAAUUAUUUAUUAUAGUUUAAUUGUUUAAUUAAGUUAAUGAUAUUUGAUGCUAUGAUAUAAUAAUUGAAUGACAAAAUAUGGAAUGUAGAAAAUAUGGAAAUAAUUUUGGCAAUAUUAUAUUGAGUUAUAUUAGAAUUGUGUAAUAUCUCGAAAAAUGAACAUAGCAAAUUUACUGAAUGAAUUUCUAUUUAUGAUUUUAUUCUUCAUAUACGAAUUUGUUUGUCGUUUUAUUUAUUAAAAUAAAUCUAUUAUAAAUACUAUAUGUAAAUCGAUGAGUAAUAAAUGCACGGCAAUUAUAAAAU